UCGUCAGUGAGUUGGCCUUGUAAAAAAAAUAAUUAAUUGAUUUGGUGAAGCCAUUGAUAUGAUUAUAUCGAACCGAUCGCUAUUUCAGUAAUAAUUUUAAUGUAUCUCACCUCGUACACUAAUGUAAAAUUAAUUACUAAACUAUUGCAUAGUUUGGUAAUUAAUGUUACACAACAGUGUUUGCACUUCAAUGUCUUUUAAGAAUACAAUGAGACACUACUUUUGGUAAAGAAAAAGAAAGUUGGAAAAGAGGCUGAUGAGCCCAGGUAAACGGACGCUCCUUCAUAAAAAGCAGAAUAUCGAGGUAUAACCGACCAGUCCGCUGUGUGUAGAGGUGUGUGUGGUUAUUUUAGCCUGGUGUAAUUUUCAGGCGAAUGAAUGAAGGUAAAGAAAGUGAACAGCUGUGCUUAAUGGCACUGCGCUCUUGCGCAGAGGCAACCUCUGAUCCAUUUACUGCGUCAACACAUAGCCUAGAGGCGGUCAUCUCGACUGCCAUGGGAGCGCGAGUGCCGACAGCGAAAGUCCAUUUCUAUGGUUGUCUGCACUAUAGAGUGUUCUCACGUUGCAGUACUUUACUUGGAGACUACACGGACCCCAGAUGAGGGCGGACAGUGCCGCCUUCCUGUUAAAAAGACGGACAGUGCGUCCGUCCAAUCAGCGAUGAUCUUUGUCAAUGGGAGAGCGUCCAAUCAGCAACAAGCUUUGUCGAUAGCCGAAGUUGUAGUUGUUCUACCCGAGUUCAGCAAGAGAUGGCACUGAGCAGCAAGACUGAGCUGAGUGCAGAUGACUUCUUGGACGGACGGGUAUCCAUUGGCUCUGGGGGAUUUGGUCACGUCUACAAGGCCAGGCUCAAGAACGAGGGUUUUGAUGUGGCCAUUAAGAUACUUCAUGAUGAUGUGAGCGCCGAGAAAGCACUUUAUGGAGAGGCUUCUCUUAUGAAGGCGGUCUCCUCUGAGUUUGUGGUGAGGGUUUAUGGAUUUUAUAAGGAAGAAAAGCCCAUGCAAAAGGGAAUAGUCAUGGAAUUCAUGACAAGAGGCUCCAUUCAGUCCCUGCAGAAGGACCUGUCUGGCCCUCCACCGUGGCCUCUGGCCUUGCGCUUGGCCCAUCAGGUGGCUCUAGCCAUAAACUUUCUUCAUUUAAAGGGCCUUAUGCACCAGGACCUAAAGCCAAGUAAUGUACUGCUGACUGACGACCUCAAUGCCAAGCUGGCAGACUUUGGUCUGUCCAGGGUUUCUACCAGUGCAUUGAACAGAAAGGAAGGAAUGACAGGAGAAAUCGGAGGCUCUUACAAGUACAUGCCUCCCGAGGCUUUCAAAUUAUCAUACGCACCUGUUCGUUCUUUUGACAUAUACAGCUAUGGUAUCCUUCUCUGGUCUAUUGUUACUGGUAAAGAGCCCUAUCCAAAGAAGGAUUCCAGUCUUGUGGCACUGCGGGUCCCCAAAGGGGACAGACCUCUCUUGACGGAAAUUGACCGGAUUGACCAGAAGGCAGAUGGGUUAAAAGAGCUGGUUGACCUCAUGAAGAGUUGCUGGCAUGGGGAUCCCACUCAGAGGCCAUACGCUAAGAAGUGCUUGAAAGUCACUGAGGAUGUGUUCUCAAGGCAUGGAAAGAAGGGAAUUAAUGAUGCGGUCCAUAAAGUCAAGACAACACUGGAUUCACCAACUAAUAAUCAACAUUCAAACACAUCUGUUGCCUUCAGCUCUCCUCCUCAGCCACCAGAACAGUCAGAGUCAAAUGAUGAGGUAGAUCAUGCCAGAUUUACAAAUACUGGAAGGUCUUUUAAACAGGAUUCUGUCUCUGUUUCUACUGGGGAAAUGAAUAAUACGGAUAAAGAAAAGUUCGUUGACAACAACAGGGCAAUGUUAAUCCAAAACGUUUCUGAGGUAUUGGCAAUAGCAGAGGAGCUUGGAGACAUGGUCCAUGGUGAAACCUACUCACUGAUUAUAGCUAAGGAGACGAACCAGGACAGAAUGAGAGUGUUGUAUCAAAGGACACUUCGGUCAGGAGGGGAAGUGGUCAAAGCAGCCUUCUACGACGCCCUCAAAAAACAUCAUCCCAAACUAGUGGAGAGGCUAGGAGGUGUCUAACUCCAAAGUGACUUUCCCUGCUUCUCAUCAGCCCAUGAUGACCAAUCCUACACUUGAGUCUUUUAUUGACAUGAAUAUAUUUUACUCAUAUGUAUAUAAUGUUUUGACAUUUUGAUAUACUAUAUAAUCAGUGUUUUUUUGUAUAUAUUGUAUAUAUA